AUGGGAUGUUGUUGCUCAUGCCUUGAGAAACAGGGUUCGCCCGAGAAAGAGACGGAAAUGAAGCCAUGUAGUUCUAGAGAUUCAAGCUCCGAAAAAUCGUUGUCGAUCAGCAGGGUCAUGUCGGCUCCUUCAAUCGAGAUCAAAGACCGAACAACCGUAUCCGGCUAUGGCCUUGCUUUACUAGGCGUGGCGGUCGAGCAAGAUGCUGCCUAUUGGGAAGGUCACGUAGAUCUUCCCGAAGGGAAGGGACCGCAAGAAAUCAUGCUGGGGGUUGCGACGAAAAAAGACCGGAAAUUCUAUACUGCAUUGGAGCAACAGGAAGAAGAAUUACCAGAUUCGACCGGAACAGACUUGAUGCGAAAGAUCACUGUUUCGAACGAAGAUACGAGAGGGGGCUAUCCAAAAAGUUUCUUUACAAGCAGCAUCCCGGCGGACGCCGCGACGAUUCCGCCCACAUUAUUGGCUAAAAUAUACGAAGCAGCCUUGGUGGUCUGUCCUUGCGCCAACCACGUCGCUAUAUCGACCGAGAAAGUAGAAAACGUCGUGAAAGAUCCACAAAAGCCAACGCCCAGCAUCAGUUUUGUCCGAGGCGUUAGGCCAAAAACCGAAGGGGUCGAGCCCGGUUGGGAGGGUCCUGAAACUAGCGGGGCUCCCGUAACACCACCAAGGAGAAAGCUCCCGCCCACAUUAAUUGCCGCUGUAUGCCAACCUUGGUAUCUUCCGAGACGAUUGGGAUCAACCGCGAUCCACUCGCUGGCCAAGCGACCGGCUUGGUGUCGUGACAUGGCUCCGAAAAAUGCCCCCGCGCCGAUCGCAAGGGCAUCGUUUGGAAUUGUUCCAGUCAUGUAGAUUGGCUAACUGCUCUUUUGGGUGCCCGGCCCAAUCUUGGAAGUCGAAGCGUAGCUGUACUAGCGAUUUCAAACCACAAGCCUUGUGUUGAAACAAGAUGGACAGCCUGCUUGUCUCAGUAUUCUACGUCGGCUGAACGCAUCAUAG